ACAUUUCAUCGCCUCCUAAAGCAGCAUCGGCCACUACCACCGUCUCUUCCUCACCUAGCUAGCGAACGAGAACGACCAUGGCGUCCCAGGCCAUCGAGAGCCACCGUGCAGGCGCUGAGGUCGUCACCGGAGGAGACACAAUCUGCAGGAAGAAGUCAAUCGAGCUGCUGGAGGAGCUCGGCCUCCCCAAGGGCUUCCUGCCUCUUGAGGACAUCCAGGAGUUCGGGUACAACCGCGUGACAGGGUUCAUGUGGCUGGUGCAGGGGAAGAAGAAGGUGGAGCACACCUUCAAAAAGAUCAAGCAGACCGUAUCGUAUGCCGCUGAGGUGACGGCAUUCGCCGAGAAGGGCAAGCUGAGGAAGAUCACCGGCGUGAAGACAAAGGAGCUGAUGUUCUGGCUCAGCGUCGUCGAGGUGUACGUCCCCGAGGCCUCGCUAGAGAAGGUUACCUUCAAGACUGGCACUGGCCUAUCCGACACCUUCGAUGCCUCUGCCUUUGCGCUGGGAGAGUAAUUACUCAUAAAAAUGGUUGGCUUCAAAAGACAUGCAUAAUCUAUCUUUUGUAUUUGUAAAUUUUUCAUAUAUCUUGAGACGAGUUUGUGGUACUCAUGGGCGAUGCCCAUUGAAACAUUUCUAUGUACUAGGUCAGUACCCGUGCGUUGCAACGGGAACAUAUAAUAUCAUGAUAACUUAUAUACAA